AUGUGGCAAACAAUACUUCGACCCGAGCAUGCAGCAGUUGUGACGCAAAUUUUUUCCUUUUGCGAUGGGAUCGUCGACAGUUCUUCUUCGGCGGACAAUCUUGUAGGCAAGAAAUACGUUAUUGGCAUCGAUCCGAAUGAAAAAACGUGGUUGGCUAUAACGCGUCGCAACAUCCGGAAAACACCUGAUGAAUCAGCCGUUGAGGAAAACAUCACAAUACCAAACACGCGAUUCUACUGGGAAACUCGGCAUAUAAGAAGAGAAAAAGAGACGAAAAAAUUAGCUGGAUGGUUUGAUUUUGAAGAAAAGAAUCAUCUGAAGACAUUCCCAUUCGGUCCACCAUCACCGCGUAAUUCAACAUGGAAAUGGUACAUUGAGUAUCGCAUCAAAAUGCUACGAAAAGGAAUGUCAGCAUAUGUAACGCGUAAAUAUUCACGACUGGAUUUUGAUCAUUACAUGAAGUCGAACCAAGUAAAUGAUAACAUCGCCGUGACAGUGACCAACAACAUGCCGUCAAUGAUUAUAUUUGGUGAUUAUAAUUGACAAAAUAAUUAGAAAAUAGUUCAUAAUGCAAUCAUUUCAAGUGAGCAUUUUACGAGUGAGUCGCUGCUCACUCAUUUCUCUACUGAGUAUUAUUUACUCGCUCAAUGGCGACUCAGAGACAUGUCACACUCGCAAUACAAUGAGUUUUAUGCAACUCACUAAGU